AUGAGCGACUUCAACAUCAGGGAUACCUACCUCCAGUUCCUCGCUGAGGACCCGGAGAUGACGAUGCCCAUUGCCGCCAUCGAGUCGCUCGUGGCUAUGAUCCGGCAGAAGCAGCCCCAGACGUCGCUGGAGCUCCUCAACUUGGUCAAAAGCAACAUCGACGACCUCAAAGCGCAAAUCCUGAACUCCAUCUCCCUUUCCGCCGGGUGUGACUUGUUCAUGCGGUUUGUCCUCAAAAAUAUCAACUUGUACAACGACUGGGGGCUGUGUCGCUCCAAUCUCGUGGAGAAUGGGGAGCUUUUCGUGCAACGGGCUAAGGAGAGUCGGGCGAAGCUCGCCAAGCUCGGGGUGCGGUUUAUUGACGACGACGACUGCAUCUUAGUCCACUCCUACUCGAGAUCGGUGCUCCAGCUUUUACGUGAAGCUAAGGCUAACUUGAUCCGGUUUAGAGUCAUGGUCACUGAGUCUAGACCCACUGGCGAAGGUUACCGCAUGGCCAAGGCCUUGAAAGCUUACGAUAUCCCUGCAGAAGUGAUUGUGGAUACCGCCGUGGGGUUCGUCAUUCACAGCGUCGACAAGAUUUUCGUCGGUGCCGAAGGCGUCGCCGAGCUGGGUGGGAUCAUCAACCACAUUGGCUCGUACCAGAUCGGGUGUCUUGCCAAAAUUAACCACAAGCCGUUCUACGUGGCUGCCGAAUCGCAUAAGUUCGUGAGAAUGUUCCCCACUGCUCCCAACGACUUGCCGGCGUCGGUGCAAAACGACCAGGACCGCAGCCAGUGCUGCGACGCCAACGAGGCCGACAUGUUGACCACCUACACCACCGACUACACCCCUGACGAAUACGUUACCGCGUUAAUCACUGACUUGGGGGUGUUGACGCCGUCGGCGGUGUCGGAAGAGUUGAUUAAGGUGUGGUACGAUUAA